CCCUGUGCUUUCCCAACGGAACUUGCUUCCGGUCUCUCAAAAUAUCCUGCUUGUCGCAACUCAUUCUCUACGAGCCAUGGCAUACCAAUUCUUCGCAAAGGCGCAUCAAUCUAAAGCGCCUACCUCUCCACCUUUGUCUGCCCCUCAGACUCCGACGUCGACAUUCGCAUCCAACAGUACACUUACUCGGCAACCGGUAUAUCAAGCAAAUAGGUUGUCUCCCAACGCUUCGAAUCUAUUCUCAGUCAAGUUGCCCGCCAAAAUGCAGCCCCCUUCAUCCAAUCACGAGCCUUUCGAGCCGACCGCGUAUCCCCAACGCAUCGCAUCAGGCCACCCGACUCCGCACCCGCAUGUAACGAUUGAAGUCGUGAGCACCGCUCACAUACCCUCUUUAACUCGAAUCACGGGGUUGCUGCUGCCCAUCCGCUACCCAAACUCAUUCUACACCGCCACGAUUACCGACCCCGUGAUCGCGUCACUAUCCCGCGUGGCCAUUUACCAUGAUCACCCGGUGGCCGCAGCACCCGCAUCCGCCUCACCAUCUUCAUUAACCAAUCUCAAGGCGCCAACAACCGGCACUGACAAAGUCAUUGGUGGGAUUCGCUGUCGCCUUGAGCGACUACCUUCCACCAGUGCGGGAAACCUGCAGGCACGUCGUCACUCCCAGCAGCAGGAACCGUCCAACCUGUACAUCCAGACUCUUCACCUUCUUUCUCCAUAUCGAGGCUGCGGAGUUGCGGCCUCACUGCUCAAUUCGUUGCUCUACGCUCCACCGUCUUGCUCCGCACCUGCGACUCCAAAAUCCUCACCUCGAGUAUCAGACCUGGUGAAACACUACAAUAUUCGGACUGUCACAGCCCACGUGCAUGAAGCCAAUGAAGACGGUCUGAAAUGGUACCUUGCGCGUGGCUUCCAAUUGGAGGAAGGUGUUGUUGAGAAUUACUACCGUCGCCUGAAGCCUUCUGGGGCCAGGAUCGUCAAGCUUGUCCUGCAGUGGAACGAUGACGAGCACGUGCAUGUGGGCAACCAGAACCAGUAUUGGGAAAAGGUUGAGGCAGAAGAUGAGCACGAGGAUCAUGGCGUGCAGCCCCUUCUGGAUUCCGAUUCAAAGCUUCUCGAAGUGGACGGUUGCGUGAGUAGGAAGCGCAAGGCUGAUGAGGAGCACGCAAAACGAUAGCCCGCUACUUCUUGGGUUUCAGAACUUCUUCCUCUCUGAGUAUCGACUUUGCAUCUCAUUUUUGAGCAUCUUCUUCUCGAUCUAUCAUGGAUACCCUGUUUGUUGGUUGCAUUCCGCAUUUUAUAGAGCCCACAUCUUCUUUGCAGUGCUUUUUGACAUAUCAUCAUUUCUAUCAGUUUCUUAUAGUUAUAGAUCAGCGCUGCACAGCAAAGAGUAAUACUUUUUUUCUUUUAAGGUUCUGGGCAAUAGACUCCAGGCCAAGCGCAACAAUGGAAUCAU